AUGAGGGCUUCUAAAAUAGCUCUUGUUUGUAGAGCAAUUACUGCUAAAUCUUCUCAUGAACGCGGUAUUUUUACUUCUUCUUUCUCUUUCUCCUGCCACAAAUUUUCAACUGUGCCCAGAACAGAUUCAAUUUGUAUAAAUGAAUUAGAUGAUACUGUUUUCUUGAUUCGUAAAAUGAUGAGAGUGCGGCCACAGCCCUCCGUUUUUGAACUCACCAAACAAUUGCAAGUUAUUGUCAAGAUGAAACAAUACUCCGUCGCCCUUAAACUGUUCGACGAAAUGCGUCAAUGGGGUGCCCCUGUAAAUGUAUACACGAUGAACAUCUUGAUUAAUUGUUGUUGCCAUUUGAGAGGGGUAGACUUCAGUUUUGCUGUCUUUGGCAGCUUCCUUAAGCACGGUUACGAACCAAAUGUUACGACAUUCAACACUCUCUUAAAAGGUCUCUUUUUGGAUGGUAAUGUGGCCGAGGCAGAGAAAUUGUUCAAGAAGAUUUUGACUUUGAAACUCUGUGAGCUAGACGAUGUUACGAUUCUUACUGUGAUUGACGGGCUCUGCAAAGCUGGACGUGUUCAUACUGCCCGUGAUUUGCUUUUGUUGUUGGAAAAGACUAUCUAUAAACCCAGUGUUAAGGCCUAUAGUGCGGUAAUUGAUUGUUUAUGCAAGGGCGGAAUGGUGGAUAAUGCACUCGAGCUCUUGUUUGCCCACUUUCUAAUUGUGCUUUCAAUGAUGAAUUCAUAA